UCUAUAUCCGUACUUCCUUCUCCCCACUCCACCAACUCAUUAGAUCAUUCUCGCCAAAUAUUCAUCAUGUCCGGCCAAAUCACCCGCGUCACUCUCUUCAAGAUCCCUAAGGCGGAAGAUCAACAACAUCUCGUGGACCUCUACAAGCAAAUGCCCCAAAAAGCUACGAAGGACGGAAAGCCUUAUAUCGUGUCUGUUCAAGCUGGAAAAGCGAAAGCAGACCAACGAUCCCAAGGCUUCACAAUCGUGGCUAUCUCAACAUUCGCAUCUCAGGAGGACUUUAACUACUACGAUACUCAAUGCGCAGCGCAUCUUGAGUUGAGGACUUUUGCAAAGAGUGUUAACGAGGGCGUUGCGAUGAUUUACUUUGAGAACGAGGUUCUAUAGAUUAAAAUAAGAUUCUCAUAUUAAGCCUUGGAAUCUCAUGGAUAUAUCCUUUCCUUGCUCUGCAGCCAUAGCAUACUCUCCCUCUUCGCUAAACGUACUUGGAACAGGAUGUAAGAAUUGUUGUCCUUCACCGAACGCGUUGAAGAGAUUUAGGAGGGAUUCGCUCAUUUGAAACAUAUCCGGUACUGAGUUUGCCACGUCUGCGUCGCCAAACAUCAUGUCGCCAAAGGAGAAGGACUCGUUUUCGGGCAUUGCCAUGGGGACUUGCUCUGCUGCAUUGACUUCGACUUGCGGAGCAUUCUGCUCGUUUGUCGGCCCGUUGUGCGCAUUUUCAUCAUCCUUUCGAGCCUCACCCUCUUCACCGUUUUGAGGGAAGCCGAAAGUGUUCAUUCGGGGAAUCAUACCGCGAAUGCUCUUCCAAAGUCUUUUGCUGACAAUGUUGUGCCGUGAUAGUCCUCUGACUAGUUCAACGCCGUCUGAGAAGGUGCGUUUGCAUGGCACGGAGAAUAUAUCUGGGGCGUGACAGACUGCUAGGAAGAUGACUGCCAAAGCACUUAGCAGGAAGUAGUUGAAGACAUUCUGCUGUCGUUUGUAGAUAUCCGUCGUAGCGUGAAGAUGGACCAAGACUUGAAUGGUAUCCUGCGCUAUAUCGACUACCAGCCAUGCGUUCUGCGGGUUUGCAGCUAUGCUAGCUGUACUCAUCAGAUGAUGCCGAUAAAUCAGGAUACGGGCGUAAUUGCCACGGAGGUAUAAUAGAGCACGGAGGCGAUGUGGCAGUCGAGGUUGAGCUCGUGGUGCAAGACCAAGACGAGGAUGACGAAGUCGGAGAUGAGGUGGAAUAGAGUCCAACCAAUCUUGAGUUUUCAGAUCAAGAAUAGCAGCUGUAUCAUCCGGAAUGGUUUGUGAGGCAGAUCCAAAGGGAGGAAUAGCUUCCCAGAUUUUAGAGCAUAGCUGGCCAUAUCCAACCAUGCAUUGAAGAUACAAAUACUCUUCAUC